AUGAGCUGCUUCUCUUGCAUUAAUCGCCGGAAGGGGGGGGGGGGGGGGGGGGGGGGGGGGAAGAUCGACAUUGAGAAGGCCCCUGGGUCUUCCAAUUACCACAGCAACUCCUCCGAUGACUCUGGUUCGAAUCUGAAUCUGAAUGCCUGUAGCGGGAAGACGAAGAAAGAACUGGAAGACAAGCUAUCUAAGGGGAGUGGGUCGAGGAGUUUCUCGUUCAGGGAGCUGGUGAAUGCAACCCAGAAUUUCAGGGACUUGAAUUUGAUCGGAGAAGGAGGAUUUGGCCGAGUUUACAAAGGCCGUCUGGACAAAGGCGAGACUGUUGCGGUGAAGCAGCUGAACCAGUAUGGAAUGCAGGGGAAUCAGGAAUUCAUCGUUGAGGUUCUAAUGUUGAGCUUGCUACACCAUCCUAACCUUGUUACCUUGACUGGCUACUGCACUGCUGGAGACCAGAGAUUGUUGGUCUACGAGUACAUGCCACGAGGCAGCUUGGAACAUCAUCUUUUCGGUAAUGGCAUUUCCAUCUUCUAA